AUGGUGGUGUACGAGGGCCUGACAAUGCGCUUCUCAAACGAGCGUGCUCACUUAUGGCUCACUUAUUUGAUCAAUCAUCAUGACUUUCAACAAGGCGUGAAGUCGUCGUCAGCGUUCCCCGGGGUCAUCAUCUGUUUCGUCCCUUUCGGCAUGGAAACCGGCGCAGCAGCUGACAGUAUCUCUGCCUUAGGCCACCGUCAUACUGGGAUUAACGCAGUGACGGCGUUCUGGAAUCAGAGUACGCAUAUCAGAGGCAUACUUACCUGCCUACAACACCAUUGGACCACCUUCCGCCGGGUCACCAUUCAGUUCUGGUCGUGGUGUACUGUACUCUUGAGCGGGCGACUCCAUAGGCCGCAUCGUGAUGCUGGCGCGCUUUGGGCGCCCCUCAAAUAUCCAGUUGCUCUUCCGAACCUCCAGAUUUCGGUCUAUUAUCCCGUUCCUUUCGGUGUUUCCCGCCUCACCCUCGUUCAGGCGUUUACGAUGCGCUGGGGUUUCUUCAAGGACUGGAUCCUUGUUGUGUGCUUCAUACUCUGGGUGGGCACUACAGUGGGCCAGGACCCAACCGUGCCCGGGACAUGGCAGAACUCGACGUCGAGUCUCAGCCGCGAGGAGCGCGAGUCCCUUGCGUAUUCGGCUGCCGUUCCGCUUUCCAAGAUUGAUACUUUGGGAAGCACUGGUCUGGCGCAACUUCAAGACGUGACUAGUCUCUUCGCUCUUCUGGCACUACAGGACUACUACAGUGGGAAUGUGUCUUGGCGCACACAAGGGACCGACAACCUACAAGCUUACAUCGACAAGUAUGGCUUCUUUGCUCAAGGAAAACAGGCUCUGUACAGCGACGCGAUCUACUGGGGCCUCGGGAUCUUCUACUCGUAUCGGACAUAUAAAGACCCUGCGCUCAUGGCUCUUGCUGUCAGUGCUUGGGAAACGACCUACACCGGCGCCUUCAUCACCCCCAGUGAAGCUGUUAGUGGCCAAGGUGCUGGCCGCAACGUGUCUUUUCUUUCCCCUACGAACUGCACGGGCGGGACGUUCGCUGGUGGUGUAUUUCGUAGCAAAGACGUACAGAGUUCAACUUACGCGGGUAUGGAAGCCAUCGGGCCAUUCAUGGCGCUGUCGGCAUAUCUUUUCGAGGAGACGAACAACGCCACCUACCAGGAAACUGCGCAGCUUUCGCUAGACUUCGUUUUGAACCAUCUGUGGAACGGGAGCAUCGUCUUUGACGGCUUGGAGUUGAGCACCUGCAACUACCUGAUCAAGCCUUUCACGAUCAACCAGGCUUGGUUCGUAGAAGGCUUAUCGGUAUGGGCAAAUGUGACUAAGAACGACACCAUGACUACGCUUCUUCAAGACGUGGUAUUCAGCGUCACCCAGUUCCCAUCGUGGUCGUUACCAGAUGGAGUUGUGUUUGAUCACGAUCCCCUGCUUAACAGCUUCGAUCAGAUUCUGAAAGGUGUAUACAUACGUGGACUGGCGGAAGCUCGGGCGCGCAAUCCUGAAACAGCACUCGCGCGGUACAUCGAGGCAUACAUUACGGUACAGUUCAAUUCUAUGCUGAGCGGCGCACGGGGUGCGUCGCCUAACGACAGUUUCUACUCAGUAUCUUGGUACGGUCCAGCACCGACAUCCUUCGAUACCAGCGGAAAUGUUGCCGCAUUGGAUGUAUUGAAUGCUGCGUUCAGUCUGGUCGCGCCAUCAUCGUCCCCAGGAAACCCGUCGACUGGCUCGACUCCGACAAGUCAAUCUGCGACUGCAUCGGCGAAGUCAUCAAAGGCAGGACCUAUUGCCGGGGGCGUCGUAGGUGGCGUAGCGGCUGUUGCCGCAGUCCUCGCGAUUUUCUUCUUCUACCGGCGAAGGAAAGCUCAAGAACAUGCUGAGGCCGAACCGGAAUUUGGCAUCUUACCAGUCACUACAACCUUCGUGCAACCCUUCGUGACUGUCAGCUCGACUGUGAAUGCUACGACCACAUCGUCGAAGUCGCAGCGCAGCGCUCCUCUAUUGUCAGUCUCUUCGCCCGUGUCGACAUCACCGAGCGCACCACGCGAUCAGGAGUACGAGCAGGGAGAAUCUAUUGACGUUUCUGAGCUCCCAAGCUUAGUGCAACGAUUGAACAACUUCUUGCAAGGUCGCCAGAGUGAGGCUCCGCCACGAUACAUGGAGUAG